AGAGGGGAGAAGCAUCCAAGCAACAGUAGCGGCUCCUUGCUUGUGCGCAUGCGCAAGAGGGAGAAGAUGAGGACAAGCGAAAGCCAGAGGAAAGAAAAAAAAAAAGAGAGAGUUCUGAGCCGCAGCAAGCAACCCGAGAGCAACGGCUGGCCCGCGCGUGCGCACACGGAGCCGCGAGGAAAGCAAGGCAAGCAAGCAAGCAAGCAAGCAAAGCGUGCGCGCGCGAGGCGCUCCUAUUUAGAACGCCUGGGCAGAGGGAAAGCCAAGCUGCGCGCGCGGCUCAGGACCCUAAUAUUCCCUCAUGCGAUUAUGAGAGGCUGUUGAUUCCCCUGCACUAGGCCUCAUCCAACGGUUAUCUUCUCCUGCCAGGACUUUUGAAACACCACCAAGAAGAGCCUGUGGAGUAAUUCUCAAUCCUUUGACAGGGACAGCACUAUCUUAAGGAAUCUGUUUUUACUGUUCUUGCAUGGGACACUGUGAUACACAGCCUCCGCCUUUUGAGAUAAGAAGCCUUUCAUUGUUUUCUGCAACAGGAUUGUAAGGAGUAUUUGCAACGAAAAUUCACCCAUCUUUUUUGGCAUGUCGCCCUGCAAACACAGUGGAUUGUAACCUUACUUUCACCAGGUACCCUGUAGCCUUUUUGCACGCUUUGGGGGAAAAAAAUAUUUGCGCUCAGAAGAAAUUACCUCUAUGCAUUUUGCUGUGCCAAAAAUAUUUUUGACCUAACAAGCAGGACUUUCCACCAGGGUUUUUGCCUCUUUGGGGUAAACAUCAAGGACAGAAAUUUAGUAUACAUCGUUUACAACCGCCUUUUUGCUUGGAUCUGUAGGCUGCCUUUGGGAAGAAAAAAAACCUUACCUUUGCUGCCUGAUAAAUGGGAAUCUUUGGACUAAUCACCCGUGAAAAAUUUGCCUACAAAAUCAUGAGUGUUCACCAUCUCACCAGCUUUGGUCAUGCUUUUGGAAAAUAUACCUGAUAAUCAUUGCUGUCUAGACACCACAGUGUAUUAGUCGAUUCGUCAAUCAGUGCUAAGACAUGAGUCUUUCUCUCAAGGGAGUACUUGGUAACAGGGUUGGCAUCUUUGCCCUUUUGAAAGCUCUCCUUCCUCUUACUACUUAGCGCUCCAGCCAACAGCGGGUUAUAGUUAUCAGGGCAGUCAUACUGUUUCUGCCCCGUUCGUUCCUGCUGCCGAGAUGGCUUCAGUCCGGUUCAUGGUUACUCCCACCAAAAUUGAUGAUAUUCCAGGCCUGUCUGACACCAGCCCGGAUCUCAGCUCUCGCUCCAGCUCCCGCGUCCGCUUUAGUUCCAGAGAAAGCGUCCCUGAAACAAGCCGCAGCGAAGGUGCCAGUGACUUCUCUAGAGCGACCACAUCACUGGCCACUGAAGCAGCCGAGCCAGCGAACGAAAAGGCAAACAGUCCUCGCACGGAUGCGGCUGAAGGGCAUAAGCUUAGGCCCAUGCUUAUAGAGCUGGGACAGAGAUCAAUGCAGGAAAACUGGAACAGCGAGGAACAGAACAGCAGAUGAGGAUUCAAUCACAUUGCAGUUGAGUGUAUGCAGUGAUUUCCAAAUGAAGAGUCUGAAGAGCAAGCCGUUCAGUUGCAGGAAUCCUGCAAUUUCAUGAAGAAUUAC